AUGAUGAGAAGGAGCGUGGUGGGCGCAGCCAGCACUCGAGUGGCGGGCUGGCAGAAGCGCGGGAUAAAGCUGCCCGGAGUGAAGGACAUCAUAGCGGUGGCGUCGGGCAAGGGCGGAGUGGGCAAGUCGACCGUCUCCACCAACCUCGCUCUCGCCAUCUCCGCCCUCGGCAAACGCGUUGCGCUGUUGGACGCCGACGUGUUCGGGCCUUCGAUCCCGCGCAUGCUCAACCUCUCCGAGCAGAAGCCGCAGGUCACCGACACGCAGCAGCUGCUGCCGCUGUCCAACUACGGCAUCAAGUGCAUGUCGAUGGGCUUCCUCGCCGAAAAGGACUCGCCUAUGAUCUGGCGCGGCCCGAUGGUCAUGGGCGCUCUGGAGCAGUUGCUGCGAGCAGUGGCGUGGAACAACAACGGGGAUGUGGACGUGAUGGUGAUCGACCUCCCACCGGGCACGGGCGACACGCAGCUGACGCUCACGCAGCGGGUGCAGCUCACGGGCGCGGUCAUCGUGUCCACGCCGCAGGACAUCGCCCUCGAGGACGCCCGCCGCGGCGCCAACAUGUUCCGCAAGGUGGAGGUGCCCAUCCUCGGCCUCGUCGAGAACAUGAGCUACUUCGCCUGCCCCAAGUGCGGCGAGGGGGCGAGGCAGACGGCGAAGGAGAUGGGGAUGGAUUUUCUGGGCGAGGUGCCGCUGCACAUGACCAUACGCGAGACCUCCGACAGCGGCCGGCCAGUGGUGGUCUCGCAGCCGUCGAGCCCGCAGGCCGAGGCCUUCAAGCACAUCGCCCGGCAGGUGCUCGACAAGAUCCAGGACCCCGCCUUCCGCAAGGACCAGGAGGCCCCGCGCAUCAUCUACUCCUGA